AUGCUACGGUUUUCGUUUAGUAACGAAAAAGAAAAAGAAGAAAGUAAUGAGGGUGUUUAUAGAUUUCUUGUUGCUCUUAAUGGGAGAUAUAAAUGCAAGGGACCCCUGCAGCAGCAGCAGCAGCAGCAGCAGCAGCAGCAGGAGCAGCAGCAGCAGCAGGAGCAGCAGCAGCAGGAGCAGCAGCAGGAGCAGCAGCAGGAGCAAACGAAUCCAGCAGAAAGGGCGGAAGACUCGAUGGACACGGACGGAGCGCCAGCAGCAGCAGCAGCAGGAGAAGCAGCAGCAGAAGAAACAGCAGCAGCAGAAACAGCAGCAGCAGCAGCAGCAGCAGGAGGAGAUUCAUCUGACGUUGCUGCAGGUGCAGCAGCAGAUGCAGCAGCUGACUCAGCAGCAACCGACGCAGCAGCAGCAGCAGCAGCAGGAGCAGCAGCAGGAGCAGCAGAUACAGGUUCAAAUGGAGUUGAAUGUAUAGACGAGGACAGAGAAGAAAAAGAAGAAGAGAAAGAAAAAAAAAUAAAUAUAUUUGUUGCUGAUGUUUCUAUGCUGCAGCACUGCAGCACAGACACCGCAGGGGCCCCCUGGUGUCUCGAUGAUAUAUUAAAACUUUUUGUGUUUUCUCUUCUUUCUCUCGGCAGCAAAACACAAACUCAUUUACACCGAGUUUUAUCUAAUUACGCCAACACUUUCCGUCUCUACGAGCAGCAGCAGCAGCAGCAGCAGCAGCAGCAGCAGCAGCAGCAGCAGCAGGAGCAGGGGCGGGAGCAGGAGGGGGAGGUGCAGAUGCAAGAGGAGGAGGAGCAGCAGCAGCUGCAGCAGCAGCAGCAGCAGCAGCAGCAGCCAGCAGCAGCAGCAGCAGCAGCAGCAGCAGGAGCAGGGGCGGGAGCAGGAGGGGGAGGUGCAGAUGCAGGAGGAAGAGGAGCAGCAGCAGCUGCAGCAGCAGCAGCAGCAGCAGCAACAGCAGCAGCAGGAGGAGGUGGAUAUACACCCCGCUGUGCUGCAGGCAAUACAAAAGUAUUGGACUACCUCCCAGCAAAGGGUUUAUGCAGGACGGCACUGACACUGCACGCUUUUCUUAAGAUUGGUAUUCUGAGGCGGGCGAGGGUUUUGCAGCUGCUCUGUGCAGCGGACCCCGAGGAGCGAGACUCCUGGGGUUACCUGGAGCUCAUUGAAACCGUCUUAAGGGGAGCGGUAGAUGAAUGUGAAACAGCGAGAGAAGCUGCUGAAGAAGGCAAUGCGCCGAUGCCGGAGUGUACAGAAGCAGAGGAGGUUCGUAAACCCUAA